GUCACGUGGGUGCGGCCGAGCUCGGCGGCCCGCAGUCGGCGGCGAGCGGGUAGCGGGCUUGGGCUGCGGGGCUCCGGGCGCCGCCCGCUCGGCCGGUCUCGGUGGCUCACGAUGCGCGGCGGGCAGGACGGGGUGCGGGCCCCGGUGCUCCAGUUUACCAACUGCCGCAUCCUGCGAGGCCGGGCGCUGCUCAGGGAGGAUUUGUGGGUGCGCGAAGGCCGCAUUCUGGACCCCGAGAAGCUGUUCUUUGAGGAGCGGCGAGUGGCAGAUGAGCGGCGGGACUGCGGGGGCUGCAUCCUGGCGCCAGGCUUCAUCGACGUGCAGAUCAACGGUGGAUUUGGCGUUGACUUCUCUCAGGCCACGGAGGACGUGGGCUCAGGAGUCGCCCUGGUGGCCCAGAGGAUCUUGUCGCAUGGAGUAACCUCCUUCUGCCCAACGUUGGUCACCUCACCACCAGAGGUUUAUCACAAGAUUUUAUUUAUUCAUGAGAGACAGAGAGAGAGGCAGAGACAGAGGCAGAGGGAGAAGCAGGCUGCCUGCAGGGACCCUGAUGUGGGACUCGAUCCCAGUUCCCCGGGACCACGCUCUGGGCCGAAGGUCCUUCCUCAGAUCCCUGUGAAGAGUGGUGGUUCCCAUGGGGCAGGGGUCCUCGGGGUGCACCUGGAGGGCCCGUUCAUCAGUCGGGAGAAGCGGGGUGCACACCCUGAAGCCCACCUGCGCUCCUUUGAGACCAACGCCUUCCACGACGUGCUGGCCACCUACGGGCCCCUGGACAACGUCCGCAUUGUGACGCUGGCCCCCGAGCUGGGCCGAAGCCACGAGGUGAUACAGGCGCUGACGGCCCGUGGCAUCUGUGUGUCCCUAGGACACUCGGUGGCCGACCUGCAGGCCGCGGAGGAAGCCGUGCAGAGUGGGGCCACCUUCAUCACGCACCUCUUCAACGCCAUGCUGCCUUUCCACCACCGUGACCCAGGGAUCGUGGGGCUUUUGACUAGUGACCGGCUACCACCAGGCCGCCACAUCUUCUACGGGAUGAUUGCUGACGGCACACAUACCAACCCCGCUGCCCUGCGCAUUGCCCACCGCGCCCAUCCCCAGGGGCUGGUGUUGGUCACCGAUGCUGUCCCUGCCCUGGGCUUGGGCAAUGGCCGUCACACGCUGGGGCAGCAGGAGGUGGAAGUAGAUGGGCUGACAGCCUAUGUGGCAGGCACCAAGACACUGAGUGGCAGCAUCGCCCCGAUGGACGUCUGUGUCCGGCACUUCCUGCAGGCCACAGGCUGCAGUGUGGAGUUGGCCCUGGAGGCUGCGUCCCUGCACCCCGCUCAGCUGCUGGGGCUGGAGAAGCGCAAGGGGACCCUGGACUUCGGGGCCGAUGCAGACUUCGUGAUGCUCGAUGACUCUCUUCACGUGCGGGCCACCUACAUCUCGGGCGAGUUGGUGUGGCAGGCGGAGGCGGCCAGGCAGUGACCGAGGACCACAGCUGGAAAGGAUGCCCAGCCUUGGCUGGACGCUGGCGGGGCUGAGCCGUGGAGGAGCUGGUCUCCAGGGAGCCAGUGGCCAUCCUGCCCCUGGCGGAGGCCUCCGCUCAGGAUGCAGCUGGAUAAACAUGCGCCCAGCAGGGA